GCGAACAUUAUUGGAUCUGCUUCAGACACAUUGGCAAAAUCAGCUACUAGUUGCAUGGGUCGUGGUUUAAUAUUGGUAAACUCAAUAUAAAGAAAAGAUGCUUAGAAGAUUUAGUACUUCGGUACGACAUUUGAAAAAAUUUCAAUUAGAUCCCAAUUACAAGUUCAAAUGUGGGUUAGAAAUACAUACCCAGCUCAAGACCAAAUAUAAGCUCUUUUCCCUUUCAGAGACAAGUUUCAAUGAAGCUCCCAACACCAAGGUUAGCUAUUUUGAUAUUGGACUUCCUGGAUCACAACCAAAAUUGAACCCAGAGGCACUUUAUUUGGCAUUAGUAGCAGCAACUGCAUUCAACUGUGAUAUUCAGUCGUUUUCCACCUUUGAUAGAAAGCAUUACUUUUACCCUGAUCAACCAUUGGGAUAUCAAAUAACACAGCAUUAUCAUCCAAUAGCAAAGAAUGGAUUUGUUCAACUAAAUUCAAAAUUUGAUGGAAUUGAAUCUGACAAGAUUAUCAAUUUGGAACAAGUUCAAAUAGAACAGGAUACUGGAAAGACAGUAAAUUUUGAUGACAAAAUAACAAUUGAUUUGAAUAGAAGCAAUACUCCUUUGAUUGAAGUUGUUACAAAACCGGAUUUUGAAGAUAUAAAACAAGUUCGAGCGUUCGUGAAGAAGUAUCAGAUGUUGGUGUCUCAUCUAGGAAUAUGUAGUGGUGAUAUGGAAACAGGUGCAAUCAGAGUUGAUGCAAACAUAAGUGUAAAUGGGAACGACAGAGUUGAAAUAAAGAACCUUGGAAGUUCAGGAGAAGUCGUGGCAGCCUUACAAUAUGAAUACCGUCGACAGAUUGGAGAGAUCCAGAAAGGAAAUAAGAUAGUCCAGGAAACCAGAGGGUGGGAUGGUGCAACUACUGUUUCCUUGAGAAGAAAAGAAAACGCAUUAGAUUAUAGAUAUGUUCCUGACUCAGAGUUGGAAGUGGUAAGAGUGGAUGAAAAUAUUGGAAAGAAAAUUCAAGAGAAAUUACCUGAUUUGCCCGAUACUAUUCUUGAGAGAUUGACAAGUGAACCAUAUAAUUUAACUUUGAAUCAAGCCAGAAAUCUUUUCAAUGAACCAUUGACUUUACAGUAUUAUUUAUCUUUCUUCAAGAUAUAUACGGAAGACUUAAAGCAACCAUCAAAGUCGGCAAAUAACUGGGUAUUAGAAGAAUUGAUUACUUCAUUUGCCAAAGUCGAGCAUCCAUUCGAUGUUACAUUAAUUACUCCUAAAGCUUUAAUAGAAAUUGCACAGGCUGUUCUUGAUGAAGGAAUAUCACUCACUGCGGCCAGAAUCCUAUUGAGACAUUUGAUUGAGAACCCUGCAGAUAUUGAUCGUCCAUUAGAUGAAGUUAUCGAACAGUUAGAUUUACACAAACCACUGUCUAUAUCCAAAGAAGAUUUAGACGAAGCUAUAACAGAUUUGUGCCAAACAAUUAUAGAAGAGAAUGAGAAGAUUGUGCAAAAUAUCAAGCGUGGACAAGUUAAUGCUGUACAGCUGUUAAUCGGUAAGGCGAUGAAAGAAACACAAGGGAAGAUACAUGCAAAGGAGUUCAAGCAAAAGUUCACCGAGCUACUCGGUAUAAAUUGAAACUUGUACUAUAGGAACUAUAUAUGUAAAUAGACGAAAGUAAACAAAAAAAAAAGAGAAAA